GAGAGAUAGAGAGAGAGCGAGAGAGAAAGCCACACAGCCGACGCCGUGGUUGCUUCAUGACGUCGACCAGCAGGAGGCCUGGAUCCUCUCCCCAGCGCGGACAAGGCCUGUGUCCACAUCCACCGGAUCUUGGAUGUUCGGGUUCCCUUUCCCCUGGAACUCAGAGGCGCAUUGGAUAGCGCACUGGAUAGGAGAUCAUCGAGCGCGCCCCACUACUUACAACGUGCCUACUUACAAACGUCAGAAAAAGCACGUCCUUCCCAAUGCCACGGAGCGUAAGAACGCCGCGGCGGAUCUGUGCCAUUUGCGAGACGCCCUUUCAACUCGCUUGUCGAAAAGAGAAAGAGAGAGAGAGAGAAGGGAGGAGGAGGAGGAGGAGGAGGAGAAAGAGGAGGCGAGAGAGCGAGCACGGAAGGGGCGCCGCCAGCGGGCGAGGCUGCCUGUUCCGUGCGCCACAGGAACUGCUGCAGACAGAAGGACUGGCCCGACGGCCCAGGGGAGGGGAUAAGGGGCAACGGCAGGGGGGGCUGCACCGUCAAGGGGGGUGGGCGCCCGCGCCUCACGCGGCGGCCGCCCGCCCCCCUCGCCGCAGCGGCUGCCCAGAGGGAAUGGCGCGACGGGGGGCGUCCUCCUCGAGGGGCACCGGCGCCGUGCCACGAAUCACGGGGGGCAGCCUUGCGGGGCUCUUGGCUUCCCUCGGCGGCACAUCGGCGACAGACGUCGCAGAGGGGCCCCCGACGGCGACGCUGCGCACGCUCCUGGGCGGGGGCCCCGCCCGGCGAGGCGCGGGCGAUUGUCGGGGUGGGCGCGUCCGUCUUGGAGCCCCUCCUCCUCCUCCUCCUGCCGACCCCCCUCGCGCCACCUUCUCGUGCGCGCCGCCAGCGCCCCGCCAGCAUCACUUCUUGGCCUCUGACUUCUUGGCCUC